AUAGAUUUGACAGUUGUCAUUACAAUGACUUCAUUUCGUUGUUUACAAAGUGUCUAUGAACUCGAAAUUAAUGUAAAUUAGGAAAUUAUACAAGCGAGAAAACACAAGAAAUUAUAAUUUUUAGAAAAUGGCUAGAGUAACACGAAAAGCUCUAGAUUUAGCCUUGGUUUCAAUACAAACAGUACGUCCAGUAGUGUCUAAAUUGUGGUAUAUGACGAAAACAACUAUUAUUUCGACACCAGUCAAACCGCUUGUUAGCAAUCCAGUUGUAACAAAGGUGGAAGACGCACUGGAUAGGGUCACAGAGCUUUUAGUUGUGAAAAUGAUACAAUUACGAGAUAAACAAUUGCCAGGAGAGUUAGAAUAUCUUCAAAAAGAAUUAGAAAAGGUCAAAAGAAAAUUGAAGGGCGAACAGUCGUGAUGCAAACAACAUCAAGCAAAGCUUUAAAACCUCCUAUUUCCAUUGCAUGGCAAUACGCGAAAACCGAAAUGGCACCACCAAUGACUUUGAAUUUUUUUCACGGAAAAGUGGGACAAAACUUGGAAGGAAUCGUUUCCAAGACGGUCGAUAGUUUUAUUAGGGGCUUGGAAAAGAAGCUAAGGGAUAUGGAUGCCGAAGAGAGAAGAAAAAUACAUGAGAAGGAGGCAUCUAUUAAAACUGCUCAAGAAAAAGCAAAAUUGAAGGCGAUGGCUAAAGAGCAAGAGAGAAAAAAGAAUGAAGCGGAAAAAUUAAAGAAAAAAACUGGUACGGCCGAGAGCAAAGACGCAAUAAAAAGUGACAAGAAGCCUGAAAUGCAAGCUGGAAGUCAACAGGUUAAAAAGGUAGAAGCCAAACCUCAACAGCAACCUGCUAAAAAAGUCGACACCAAUGUCAAAAUGAAGGGAAAGCCUCAGCCUAAAGAAAGUAAAGAGAGUUCUAAAAACAAAGAUGCGAAACAAGCACCCAAGAAAUAGCUGAUCUUUAUAACCGUAGUGGUUGGUGUAUUUGGAUUUCGGUAAUCAUUUAAUACAAGCUGGUCUAUCAGCAACAUCGAUCUAAAUUAAUGACCAAAAAUAUUUUAUAUUAAAAUAAACCCUAACUUCCGAUUAUCAUUUA